AACAUACACACACAAUUAAUUUUGUGCAGAGAUUUUAAUAAACACUCACAUAGAAAAAUGCAAGAUAUAAGUGGGGAAAACAAUAUCAAAACAGGGAAGGGUGGACGAAAUAUACACCCUGCCCCCCCCCCCCUCCUCCCCCAACAAGCACGUAGAAACCUAUUUGCUGUACACGGACAAACAGUGGGAUCAUUUCAGCAGACUUCGGUUAAGG